GAUGGGAUAACCCAGGUCCAUAGAGAUUCUCACGAAGAUCCGCUUUCCGCACCCUUUCUCUCCUAUGACCAGAACACCCGGCUCGAGGGUGGAGAUGAUGAGAAGGCUAGAGUGGUCUCUGAGCUGAUGAUGCGUCUCGACGGCUACAUUGAGUACAGCCAGGAUCGUGUCUCCGGGUUCGAGAUUGGUCUCCGCUGUCUUCCUGUGGAGGGUAUAUUUCCAGACGACUACGAUGUUGAUGAGGACCCUGGAACGCAGCAACUCCUCGAAUACGAUUCUGAUGGCGCUGCUGAUGACCGAGAUGCUCUAGAAAGCCUGCAGCAUCUGAGCACACACUGGAAGCCCGAAGAUGGUGACAUCACAAUCCUCCCACGUAUGUAUGCAAACGAGAUCAGCAAGCUGACAGGUACCGAUCUUUUUGCGAGGCUUGCGGAGAAGAGAUAUCUUCUGCUCAAUGGAGACUUCAAACGUGCGCUGCAAAAGCUUUCUAAUCUUGAGCCUCUCCUUGGAUCAAUUAAGCGAAGCAUGACCACGGAGUCUACCAUGGCCAACGGAAAUAUCCUCAUCUGGCCCACGGGCGUCGACAAAUGCACCAUUGAGUUCGUCCGGAUUCAUCAUGCACAUCCCGCAUUUUCUCGCAUCAUAGUUAGUCAGGCUGAACAAAACAUUCUCCAGAGAAAACUCCUCGCAGAAGCCCGCCAUCAUGUCCGCGGUUCAACAUACCAGGUGCCUUCCAACCUUCAGCUACAAGGCGUCUUCCCCACCAAGGAGAUUCAUGGUUCCAAGAUUUGGGAUGAACACACUUUCGAUUCCUUUGGCAGUCCUAGCAAUGUCGACCCUAUCAUCUCUACAGGGUCCACUAAAGUGGAUCAGGAUAGAAGCACAGUUGGCAAGCCACAGAAUUCUAAAGAAGCUAGAAUUGCUGAGUGGUCGAAUCAAGUGGUCCAUAGUGCUGACCCAGACGUUGCUCCUGAAGCUCCUGUUGAACCAGCAGCUGAACGCCGUCGGAUAGUCGCUGUAGAUUCCGACAGCGACGAAGAUGAACUUCCGGUCAAGCAUACGCCAAUUCCAAAAUCCGUUGUUCCAGAUCGACUUCCCACCCCUCCAUGUCUACUAGACUCGUACAGCGAACAUGAACUGGACUUCCAGGCAAGUUUGGAGACAAAACAGCUCGCACAAGAUGAUUUCAGAGACGGCAUGCUACCUGGAUCACCUCUGCAUAGCGAUGAGCAACCUAAACAUCAUAACCCGUCUGCUACUGUCAUGACACUGUCACCAUUUGAAGCUGUCGAUGGUGAGAAAUCGAAUUUCUCUCCAGUAGAGGCGCGUUCGGAAAGUCCAAGACAGGCGUCUUCGUUUCCAAGUUCUGAUCCUCAAGCUUAUGGCUUCCCAAAGCGAUUAAUGCGUGGUCAGCGUGGAGGUGAGAACCGAAAUCGUGGUGGUCGAAGCAGUCGUGGCCCGUCUAAUCACUGUAGCUCGCCUUUGAAAAGCAUAGAAGCUGGAAACUCUUGGUCAGAAGUCGCAUCUCCACGAGGACAACGCCGUGGAUCUGCACAGUCUGGCCGCUCCUCCGGACGAGCUCGAGGUCGAGCACAUUAUCAAGUGCGUCAAAACUCCAUGCCGUCUGAGGAACAACUCAUCGAUAUUGAGACACCACGCCCAAGUCGUCCUACCAUUCCACCGGGAUUCGAGUCACACUUCCCUCUUAUGUCUCCGCCUUUGGCUUCACAAGAUACUAUCCACCCUCCUCAAGCUAUAGAGCAACCAAGGGACCGACAAGGUUCAUCAAGUUCACAUGAGAUUUCGAGCAAUGCUCAAUCUCGAGCUUCUGGCGACUCUCACAUUCGAUUUAGUACUACUGGGGCGGACUACUGUACGAGUUACGUCCCGAAGAGAAACGUCGAUGCAUUGAGAGAGAGCAAAUUGGCAGAAAUGACUGCUCGGCUCCAAGCAGGACGCAUUUCGAACAAGUCCACCUUAAAAAAUAAGAAAGCCGAAGAAGAAAUGCUUCCACCUUCUCAUUCAACCAUGAGACAACAAGGGAAAAAUCCUGGCAAGGGUUCGAGUCAAGAAACGAAGGCCCAAAAAAAAGAACGUUUACUCAAAGCAAUGGCCGAUUCCUAUGGCGAUGUACCCACAGCACCAGUCAAGCUCUCAGUCGAUAGAAGCAAUGCAGAAGUUAUCUCCAAGGCGAAGAUAGCUCAGAUGAAGAAAUCUCCAGCAUUUGCUAGAGAACACUACGAUCUCGCGGAAAAAAUGCAGAGAGACAAAGAAAGCAAGAAGCUGGUACACCAUCUCAAGCCAUUGUUUGAAUUGGCUCGUAGAUUUCCUGGAAGGCUUGAUUUCGAGGCACAGUUUGGUCAAGUGCUCAUCUCACAGGCUCCACAAAUCUCCGACCCUCCUCUGCACAGUCAAGAGAGCUGGGCAGAAAUCUUUGAACCUGGGAAGAGUGGAAAGGCUCCGUCGCCCACGUCAUUUUCCAGAAUCAUGACAACGAACGGCGCAGAUGUUGAUCGAGUGUUAGAAUUGAAGCUACCGAGCGGCAAGACGAAAGUCAAGGUUUGGAGCGCCCCUCCCGGCCCUUCAGCUGUGACAUACGAGUUUUCAUGCCACAGCCGCAGUAACGAGGAUUUCUUGAUUGCCAUUAACCAGAAAGGGCAGUACCAAUUGCACAAAGGGUCAAUCACGGCAGGCAUGAUCAAUAUCCAUAUUCCUAACCAGAUUUGGGAUGCUUCGUUCGUCCUUAUGGGUAAUCUAAACUGGAUUGAUCCUCCAGAGGUUCUCACCAAAAGCGUUAACACAUUUGUGGAUUCUCUCUAUGUGCUACCUGGCCGUGAGAAGCUCAUGAUGGUUUUCCGUCAACCCAGCGACCAUGAGAUUGAAAUUCGAAACCUUGUUGUGAGACGUGUCAGUCUCCAUCGAUGUAAUUUACCUGGUUGCGAAGAACUGCAACUGAAAAUCACCGAGGUGAAGAGCCUCUUGUUCAAGAAGCAUCCCCAAGACAACAAUCUGUGGCAGGGCUAUGAAAACCCGCACGAUGACCACAAGAAAUUGAUGCAGGAAGGCCGUGUUCACUAUGAGAUGUCUUUGAUUCACACUGGCAUUAAUGUUGCCCUCGCGCGGAACGAAUCUCUCGAGAUCGGCGAGCUCACAGACCCAGAGACCACUGGAAAAUCGCUCGUCGAGAUUCAAACCAUAACGCUGAUGCUCGAUCUCGUUGUGAAGAUGGUCAACAGGCUUGAUUUCGUGGGCAUGUCCAACAUUGGCACUCUAUACCGCCGCCAACUUCAGGAAGAAGAGCGACAGCGCAAUCUU